AACUGCCCCACCCUGCCCGUGGUUUACAGGGUCAGCUGUGGCUGCAUACUAGAGUUUUCACACAGUGCGCCGCAGCCAUGCAACGCAAUCACAAAGAACACUUGUACAAAAUCCUAGUUAUCGGCGACUUAGGCGUGGGUAAAACCAGCAUCAUUAAGCGCUAUGUUCAUCAGACCUACUCGAACAACUACAGAGCCACUAUAGGAGUGGACUUCGCCCUCAAAGUUCUCAACUGGGACUCGGAGACUGUGAGACUGCAGCUCUGGGACAUAGCAGGUCAGGAACGCUUUGGGAACAUGACACGGGUUUACUACAGAGAGGCCAUGGGGGCGUUCAUUGUUUUCGAUGUCACCAGACCUGCAACAUUUGAAGCAGUCACCAAAUGGAAGGAGGACCUGGACUCAAAGCUGACACUUGCCAAUGGCAAGAGCAUUACUACAGUGCUUCUAGCCAACAAGUGUGACCAAAGCAAAGACAUUCUGGUCAAUAAUGGUCUGAAGAUGGACCAGUUCUGCCAAGAAAACGAAUUUGUAGGAUGGUUUGAAACGUCAGCCAAGGAAAAUCUAAACAUCAACGAAGCUGCAAAUUUCCUGGUCAAGCACAUCAUUGCCAGCGAGAAUGAUAUUCUCAAAUCAGCAGUUCCAGAUACCAUUUCACCUCAACUGACCACAAACACAAAGAUGAGCUGUUCUGCAUGUUUUAAACCCUAACAUCUGGCCAGGAGGUGGAUUCAGGCUUAGCAGCCGAGAAGAACACUUCCACUAAAUCUAUAACCAUAAGACCUAAGCAAGACUUCAAAGAUUGACGUGUGUGAAUGUAACACAGGUACAUAUAUAGGUACUUUGUAAGGUUGCAGUUAUUUAUGUGCAACACAAGUCUGGAAUGCACAGUUUUCAGGUUAAGUUUGAUUCCAGAUGAAGGAAUUUUUAGAAUUGAGACUAUGUAGAUUACAUGCAAAAAAAUUUCAGACAAACUUUCAUCUUUAUGGUGCAUGAAAUGAAAACCUACACACACUGCCUCUGUGUCUCUGUAGCUCUUUCCAUCUAUUUUCUGCAUUCUCCCAUCUCUGUUUCUCAUUCUCACUCUUUCUCCAUGCUCUUCAGUGAUUCACUUUCUGACUCACUGCCAUUAUAUAAAGCUCCCAUGAAGCCCCUCUUCAGCACACACUUUGUUCACAUCUUUAAACAUGGUUAUUGAUCUAAGUUCCUUUCUGUUCCACUGCCUGCUGAGAGCAAACCUCUUGCACUUUCACAUCGUACUAGUCUAUUGUCGUCUAUGUGGGAAGUAUUACAUAAUUUAAAAACACUUUAUCCCAAGUAUUAUAUACAUUUUUUUAAAGCAGACAUGUAUAUAAAUAUAAACUCUUUUGUAUUUGGAUAAUAAUAAUAACAAAAAUGUUUAUUGCUAUUGCAUAAAUGUAUUGUGUUUCUGAGUUAAAAUGGAAGAAAUCUGUUUUGAGUAAAUCUUCUCUAUUUGUCUCAUUAACAAUACUACUGUUUUAAAUUGAGAAACCCUAUGCAGUAUUAUAAUUAACUCUGGUUAGGUUUUUGUAUGUAAAUAUAAUCAUGUAAAUGCAAUUACUUAGUUUUCUUGGACUUUUUUCUACACCUUUUAGCAAUAGAGUAUCCAUUAUUAUUUAUCAUGUACUAUUAUGUAUUCCUGAUAUAGAUUUUAAUGAAAGUGACGACAAGCACACAACUAAUUAUUUUGUUGGACAAACAACAAUUGUUCUAAUAUACUGACUAUAGAUUUAGUUCUAAAUGUUUCAUUGAUAUUUGUAUGGAUUGAAGCACAGACACAGUAAUGUAUGUUCAAAUUAAACUAAAUAUGUUUUUCACUAUCUGGGAAAAAUUCUUGAGGAGAAUAAAAGCAAUAGUUCCUGUCAAUGGGAAGAGUACAUGAUAGAAUGUUGGUGAAAUUGCAGUGCAUUUUAGCAUAUUACUCAUAUUCAACCCAAGUCCUCUGGUAUCACCAUGACAACUGCUGAGCACAGAAGUAUAAAAGCUCAUUCGAUGAAGUUUGCAGCUCCUGCAACAUCCGCAUGAUUAAUAUUCUGCAAACCUGUGCAUGUUGUUGCUCAUGUUGGUUUCAUUAGUACCCUGGAAUUAAAAAAAAAAAAAAAAAAAAAGAUCAGAGUGAGAUAUUGACUAAAUUAAAAAAAUGCAUGACAGGAAAUAUUGUUAGUACAAUUCACAUACUGUAUAGGUGAUUUAUAAUUACUUGCUUGUGUUAGAAGACAUAUUUAACUACAUAAGCACUUGGGUUAUAUCCUUCUUUA